GACGAGGCGAGCGCUGCUGACAGCUCAAAAUGUCGCCGGUUGCCUUAUUUUCUCGGGACGAAGAUGUUCUCCGUCCGGCAAGCAAGUCCUUGGCCGGCGCAUCUCUCUCGGGCUUCCUCGGGCGGAGAAUCUGCUCCGUCUGUGUUGUCUUUGUCGGCGCCCACUCCUCGAUUAACACCUAGUACAGUGACCUACCUAACACGGGCGCGCAACAAUGGUUGCCUUCACCCACGCUCUGCUCGCCGUCGGCUGGCUGCUUACCGGCGCGGCCACCGUUGCUCAUGAGCGCUUCGCGGCGGUAGCGACGGGCGUCAUCUUGUUGCCCCGAGAGUAUCAUGACCACCCGCCGGAACUGCUCGACAAGCGCCAGGGGGGUUGCAGCCCAACCAGUCAUCCAUGCAACGACAUCGGACCACUCGGGGUCGGGCAUUGCUGCCCCAAUAGUCACUACUGCAUCAUCGACGACACAGGCCAGCCAGGGUGCUGCUUCAUCGGCAACACGGUCUGCCAAUCCCCCUGCAACGCAAGCCAAUAUCGCUGCAACAGCACCGCUACCCUCACAACAACGACCACUACUACCACCACUACCACCAGCGCUGGGACUAUUACCAACACCAACACCGCCACCCUCACCAUCACCACCACCUCCCUAGUCCCAGCCUGCUGCGGCCGCGUCUGCACCGAACCCUCCCACUACCUCUGCCCGACGGGGCUCGGAACGGGAUGCUGUCCCUACGGCGCGGCAUGCGGCUCCGCGAACCAGUGCUUCAUCACCCCUUCUUCUUCUUCUUCCCCUCCCGGCUCGGUGAUGACCAUCCCGCCCGAGGGGUGCACGACGGGCCAGAUCUCGUGCGCGGCCUCGCUGGGCGGCGGGUGCUGCGGCGCCAGCCAGAGCUGCACGCUCGUCGCGGGCGCGGCGCACUGUGCGGCCCUGCCGGCGACGCCGCCCGCGGGGAGCGAUUUUCGUGUGGAGGAUGAUCCCGGGUUGAGUGCCGGUGCGAAGGCCGGGAUUGCGGUCGGCGUCGUGGUCGGGUUUGGUUUGCUUGUUGGCGCGGCCACCUGGGUCUGUCUUGUUCGGAGACGGAGGGAGAGGAGUGAAGAAGGGGUGGGCCACGGUGAUGGGGUUGGGGAGGAAAGUUCACGGGCUACGAGACCCCGCGGUGUGGUGGGGCGUGUGCUGGGUGGCAGUACAAGUGCAAGUGGUAUCGGCGCAAGAGGAGGAGGAGGCAGGGAGAUGUCGGAGGCGAAUUCGGAUGUGCUCUCGAGCAGCCCGAGUGCUGCUGGCGGUGGGGGAAGGAGGCUGGACGGGCUGGCGCAGGACUAUUUCGGCCCUGCGCCCGCCGUGGGGCCGUACUCGGAGACCCACAGCACUUCGGGGCUGACGACGCCCGGUGUCGACCGAGGUGGAGUGCCGGUGCAGCCGCAUGAGCCGGGCGACAUCGCCGUGCCGGUCGAGAUCGACUCGCGGCUGAGAGAGGCGAGGAGGGCGCCCGCCGGCUUGACCACCGCGUCGCCGGUCAGCAGGUCGCAUGAGGAGAACGAUGCCGAGAUCGAACGGUAUGAGUUGUACGGGUCGGACAUCGGCCAGAUAUCGCCCUCGUUGCCGUCGCCAUAUAACGGGGGGUUACCAAGUCCACCGAUCGAUGACCGGUACAGGUGAAGAGGGAGGAGAGGGCGAUUUGAUAUGUAUAUAUUCAUUUUUUGGAUGAUCUUUCAUGAAGAUGAGGAUGAUGCGUGUUGGCUCAGCCACUUACCGGCAUGUUGAGCGCUCAGGUGGCUUCUCUGGAGAAAUUGGAUGUAGAUAGUGUUGCGGAAGCUGUACAUAGAACACUCUCACCGUCGCUGGGAUGGAAGUCGGCUAUACAUAUAUAAUCAUAUAUAUAACGUUAUAUAUAUAUAU